UGCUUGUGAGUGUCACAUGCACAUCAUGGCCGGUCAUAAAGAGUCACAUACGCGUAUGAACAAGGGGUGUGGCUACACACGUGGAACUUUGUGGAAAGAUACAAGAUACAUGUCAUCCAUGUCAUCCUUACAGAGGAUUGAUAAGGAGAGUGUUCACAGGAUCUGCUCCGGUCAGGUUGUCCUUAGUUUAGCUGUUGCCGUCAAAGAACUGGUAGAGAAUAGCAUUGAUGCGGGUGCUACCAGUAUAGAAGUCAGAUUGAAGGAGUUUGGCUCUGAAGUUGUUGAAGUGGCAGAUAACGGGUCUGGUGUUCAUCCUGAUAAUUAUCAGAAAUUGACACUAAAGCAUUUCACUUCCAAGAUAACAGAUUUUUCUGAUAUUGCCACCAUUAAUACGUUUGGUUUUCGUGGAGAAGCAUUGAGCUCAUUAUGUGCAUUAAGUAAUCUCAGAAUAACAACAUGUACCAGUGGUCAGACUGCUGGCUCAAAUAUAGAAUAUGAUCAUUCUGGACGGAUUAAACUUCAGACAAAAUGUGCUCGAGAGAUAGGUACGACGGUAUUUCUUAAUAACCUGUUUUGUACUCUGCCUGUUCGGCAAAAAGAAUUUCAUCGCAAUUUGAAAAAGGAGUAUGGUCGUAUGAUACAAAUGUUACAAGGCUAUUGUAUCAUAUCAAAACAAGUUAAAGUGACCUGCUACAACCAGACAGGAAAAAUUAAACGUCAACUUGUACUCUCAAACUCUGGUGGCUCUGAAAUCAUUUCCAACAUUUCGUGUGUCUUUGGACCCAAACAAACUGAAAGCAUUGUGUCAAUAGUGGAGUGCCCAUUUGAUAUUCUUACUAUUGAUGAUGAGGGAGCUGAUAAUCAUGAGCUAUACAGCAAAUUCAAGCUCAGCGGUUUCGUAUCUAAGUGUGAACAUGGGUCUGGUAGAAGUAGCACUGACAGACAAUUCUUUUUCAUUAAUGGAAGGCCUUGUGAUCAUUCAAAGUUGAGUAAAACUGUCAAUGAAGUGUAUCACAUGUUCAAUCCCCAUCAAUAUCCAUUCAUUGUUUUGAACAUAUCAACACAGAGAGAAUCUGUUGAUGUCAAUGUGACUCCUGAUAAACGUCAAGUGAUGUUACAAGAAGAAAAGGCUCUUUUGUUUUUUCUAAAGGCAUCUUUGUUGGAAAUGUUUAAGCCAGAGCAGAGACUAGUCUCAACAAUCUCCAGCAAUACAAAGCAUGUUUUGUCUCCUGAUGAUAAUAAGCUUACAAGAAUUAAAAGACCAUUGUCUGCCUCCAGUAGUUUGAGUACUGAUGAAGAAGAGCCAAGCCAAAAACAGUCUCGCUUGACAUCAUUUGGUAUUACGUCAUCUCCAGUAAUCUUAAAACCUUCAGUUCCAAAUCAGCAAUCAACUAGCUGUACAACUCCCUCUUCUAAGUGUCAGCCAUCUGCUGGUAUCGUUUCUCCUGUUCUUCAUCCUACUUGUUUGAAAACUAAAAAAUCCAGCUCUUCCAGUCACACUACUACUGACAGUUCAAAGAAUGGAGUCAGUCAUUCUAUUGAUCUUACUAAUGGGGAGAAAGAUGUUCGCAUUGAACACAUAACAUAUGAUAUGGAUUCUUCUUUUAGUAAAGAUCAUCAUGUCAGUGAUGAGCAUCAAGUGACUUUUGACAUUGAUAAAAUAGUAUCUCGAAUUCAGCAUAAGAAUGAAUCAACAGAAAGAGAUGAGAGUAAGAGACGGUAUUUUCAUGCAAAGAUUAGGCCUGACAGUAAUCAAGAUGCUGAAGAAGAAUUGAAACGUGAACUAAACAAAGAGCAGUUUAAAGAAAUGGAAAUCUUGGGCCAGUUCAAUUUAGGUUUUAUUAUAGCUAAGUUAGACAAUGACCUGUUUAUCAUUGACCAGCAUGCAACUGAUGAAAAGUACAAUUUUGAAAGGCUCAAAAGAGACACUGUUUUAGAGCAUCAGUCAUUGAUACAUCCACUGCCUGUUGAAGUUACUGCUGUGGGUGAGUCAGUCAUUAAAGACAAUUUGGAGGUUUUUGAAAAGAAUGGAUUUCGUUUCUCUUUUGAUGAAGAAGCUCCGCCAACUAAAAGAGUGAAACUUAUUGAGCAACCAGUUAGUAAAAAUUGGUCAAUGGGAACUUCUGAAAUUGAAGAGCUGAUCUUUUUAUUGACUGAUUACCCAGGUGAAAUGGUGAGACCACACUGUGUAACAAAGAUGUUGGCCAGUCGUGCUUGUCGUGGUUCAAUUAUGAUUGGUACUGCUCUUGGUAAAAAGGAGAUGUCAAAGAUUGUUGCUCACAUGGCUGAAAUGGACCAACCCUGGAACUGUCCGCAUGGUAGACCCACUAUCAGACAUUUAAUAGAUAUAUCAAAGUUGGACAUUAAAUAAUUAAUCACUUUUAUCAUUUUAUGUUAUUAACUGUUUUGAGUAUUUUGUA